UCAAGAAAAUGUGCUCUCUAUUUAACUUGUAUCUCUAAAAGCAAGCAAGCUUUCAAGCUUUACAUUCUAACAGGAAGAAGAAGUGUCUAGUGUGGUGCUUGAGUGAGAGAGUUGGGGCCUGAUGAGACAGAUCAGGCUCAGUAGCUCCACCCAGCACACUGGCUGGCCUUAUUUGCCAUCUUGCAGCCUAAACCACCCUACAUUGGUACCAUGAUAUUUCAGAAGAAAUGGUUAUUGUAAAAACUGAGAAGAUAGAUGAAGGUUGUUGUAGCAAUGACGGAGGAAACUGUGAGGGCCAGGAGUCUCAGCCUUCCCCUCUGGCUCUGCUGGCAGCUACGUGCAGCAGGAUUGAGUCCCCCAAUGAGAAUGCGGACGGCUUGCAGGGACAGCAAGGGGGCUCAAAUGAACUGGACCUUGCUGCAGCUGCAAAUCAGAUGUCCCAGAAUGGCAAUGGCUGGCAAAUAAUUUCCACUCCCUCUGGGACUUCUGAUUCUCCAAAAGACCAAGGGACAAACAGCAACGAUGAGAGCGACUCGUCAUCCAAAAACCGACCCACUGCCACUGGGCAGUACGUGGUCACUACCACCUCCGGUAUGCAGAAUCAGCAAGUCCUGACAAGCUUGUCGGGAGUGAUACCCAAUAUUCAGUAUCAGGUGAUCCCCCAGUUUCAAACUGUGGACGGACAACAGUUGCAGUUUGCCACCACCGCCACCCAAGUCAGUGUUCAGCAGGAUGCCUCUGGCCAGCUGCAGAUCAUCCCUGGGACGAACCAGCAGCUCAUUGCAAACAGGUCAGGGACUGGCAAUAUCUUGGCUGCCAUGCCAAACCUUCUGCAGCAGGCUGUCCCCAUCCAGGGAGUUAAUGCUCUCUCAGGGCAAACUCAGUAUGUCACUAAUGUCCCACUAGCUUUGAACGGCAAUAUCACAUUAUUGCCCGUCAACAGCAUCGCAGCCAGCUUGGCCCCCACUUCUCAGUCAGUUACUCUGAGCAACUCCGGGUCUCAGGAGAGCGGCUCUCAGCCAGUCACUUCUGGUGCCGCCAUCAGUUCCUCCAGCGUAGCUGUUUCCCAGGGCAACUCCGGCUGUUUCUUUACCAAUGCCAACAGCUACAACGCCACCACCACGAGUAAUGUGGGCAUCAUGAAUUUUUCCACCACUGGCACAAUGGGAACAAACAUUCAGGUGCAGACACCUCAGAGGACAAGCGGUGCUCAAAACGCCGAUGCUUUGCAGGUUACCGGAGUUGCAGUCCAGUCAGGUCAGCAGAAAGAUGCUGAUCAGAAUCAGCAGCAGCAGCAGCAGAUCCUGGUGCAGCCUCAGCUUGUGCAAGGAGGACAAGGAGGCCAGACCUUUGCUACCCAAGAUGCCUUGCAGAACUUGCAAAUCCAGACUCUCCCCAAUACCGGUCCAAUCUUUAUUCGAACGCCCACUGUGGGGCCGAACGGGCAGGUCACCUGGCAGACGCUUCAGCUGCAAAAUCUUCAGGUUCAGAACCCACAGGCUCAGACAAUCGCCUUGGCUCCGGUGCAGGGAGUGUCCCUGGGGCAGACAGGGAGCACCAACACAACGCUCACACCGAUUGCUUCUGCCUCUCUGCCAAGUGGCACUGUCACUGUGAAUGCUGCUCAGCUGUCCUCCGUACCAGGCCUCCAGACGAUUAACCUCGGUGCCCUGGGAGCAGCUGGAAUCCAAGUUCAUCAGCUGCAAGGGCUUCCCCUUGCGAUAGCGAAUGCCACAGGUGAUCAUCAUACCCACCUCAACCUUCAUGGCGCUGGUGGUGAUGGGUUGGCUGAUGAUGGCACCAACCUGGAAGAAGGGGAGAACAGUCCAGAUGCCCAGCCGCAGCAAGGCCGAAGGAUGCGCAGGGAAGCGUGCACUUGCCCGUACUGCAAAGAUAAUGAAGGAAGGAGCUCUGGGGAUCCAGGCAAAAAGAAACAGCAUAUCUGUCACAUGCCAGGCUGUGGGAAAGUGUACGGGAAGACGUCUCACUUGCGAGCUCACCUUCGGUGGCAUACCGGGGAGCGGCCCUUUGUGUGCAGCUGGACGUUUUGUGGCAAGCGCUUCACACGCAGCGAUGAGUUGCAGCGACACAAGCGAACCCACACAGGAGAGAAGAAGUUUGCCUGCCCAGAGUGUCCCAAACGCUUCAUGAGGAGCGACCACCUCUCCAAGCACAUCAAGACCCACCAAAACAAGAAGGGAGGUGCACCCAACAGCAUGUCCAUGGAUGUCUCUACCAUCUCCAUGGAUCCGGGCGCAUCUGCGGAAGGCGCUGCCGGGGCAACACCAUCCGCCCUCAUCGCUACCAACAUGGUGGCCAUGGAGGCGAUCUGCCCUGAAAGCAUUGCACGCCUGACCAGCAGUGGCAUUAACGUCAUGCAAGUGGCAGACCUUCAGUCCAUCAACAUCAGCGGCAACGGAUUCUGAGGCAGCGGUGGCUGCACUUUGGAGGCGUUGUGCAAAUGCGGGAUUCUCAAGGUAGCGAUGGGUCCAAGAGAUCAGGUCUUUUCACUGCGCAUGUGGUGGAAGACGGGGGACUCAGCUGCUCCGCCAGCCCUCCAAAUUCCCAGUUUGGUCUCCCAGGAAUGCUACGUGCAGAAUAAGGCCUGCUGCUGUUGAGGGUGGCCCUCAGAUGCCUGGUGUUAUUUACCUGGGGGAUCAGGGAUGGGCCAGAGCUCCUUGACUCAUUUAUAUUGCUCUCAUCCCCCCCCCCCCUUUCUAAAAGUCUCUUCACCCUCCCUACUAGGUACCCCAGAUGCCAUCAUGCCUUGGUUCUAAAUGUAUAUGAUCACUGAAAUACUUUUUAGCAGAAAAAAAUUCUAUAUUAUUAUUAUUAUUGUAAUUAUAUAAAACUAUAAA